AUGGGCUUUCUUAGACGAGUCGCUGGCCUUUUGCGUUUCGACAUGGUCCCGAGUGCAGAUGUCCGAAAGAUCCUUGGUGUACAGCCGCUGCUUCUCCAGAUGAAGAAGUUUUUGCUGGGGUGUCUUAGACACGCGCUGCGAAUGAUUUUAGAAAGGAAGGCGAAAAAGCCAUUACUUUCCCAACCGACCUACCGAGGACUACAGGGACGUCCAGGAAUGACCUGUCACGAGUGCAAGGAACGACUCUGCCCCAGACUCAGGCUGUCUGUUGCUGAAGGUCAAACGUGGGCACGAAUCGGGAACGUUGAAGACAUUGUGUGA